UGUUCUUCGCGACAAACAACGUUACCUAUUAUUUUAUUGUUAUUAUUAUUAUUUUUUUUUUUUUAAUUGGGUUAAUACUUUUCGAUAAUCAAUAUGAGUAAAGUGCCGGCUGUCGGUAUCGAUUUGGGCACCACGUAUUCGUGUGUCGGUGUCUGGCAACACGGUAAGGUGGAGAUCAUAGCCAACGACCAGGGAAACCGGACUACACCCAGUUAUGUGGCGUUCACGGACUCGGAAAGACUGAUAGGAGAUGCGGCCAAAAGUCAGGUAGCCAUGAACCCGAAGAACACGGUGUUUGACGCUAAGCGAUUGGUCGGCAGAAAAUUCGACGAUCCAAAGAUACAAGCAGACAUGAAACAUUGGUCGUUUGAAGUUGUCAAUGAAGGUGGUCUGCCGAAAAUUGCAGUCGAGUACAAGGGCGAAAGAAAAAUAUUUGCACCCGAAGAAGUCAGUUCGAUGGUACUAAGCAAAAUGAGAGAAAUCGCCGAAGUGUAUUUGGGCGGAAAAGUUACCGACGCCGUGGUCACCGUGCCGGCGUACUUCAACGAUUCCCAGAGACAGGCAACCAAAGACGCCGGAGCCAUCGCCGGACUCAAUGUGCUGCGCAUUAUCAACGAACCCACGGCUGCGGCUCUAGCUUACGGUCUGGACAAAAACUUGAAAGGCGAAAAGAACGUGCUGAUAUUCGAUUUGGGCGGUGGUACAUUCGACGUGUCCAUCCUGGCGAUCGACGAGGGGUCGCUGUUCGAGGUGAAAUCCACCGCCGGCGAUACCCACUUGGGCGGAGAGGACUUCGACAACCGUCUGGUCACGCACUUCGUCGAAGAGUUCAAGCGCAAAGGCAAGAAGGAUAUUAGCGGUAACACCAGGGCCCUGCGCCGGCUCCGGACGGCUUGCGAGAGAGCCAAACGCACGUUGUCCUCGAGCACCGAAGCUUCCCUCGAGAUCGACGCCUUACACGACGGCGUGGACUUUUAUUCGAAAAUCACCCGGGCCAGGUUCGAGGAGAUGUGCAUGGAUUUGUUCCGGUCGACCUUAUCGCCGGUCGAGAAAGCGCUUGCCGAUGCGAAAAUGGACAAGGGCAGCAUUGACGACGUGGUGCUGGUCGGAGGAUCGACCAGGAUACCGAAGAUACAGAAAAUGUUACAAGAUUUCUUCUGUGGCAAAUCUUUGAACUUGUCCAUCAACCCCGACGAGGCCGUCGCUUAUGGCGCUGCCGUACAAGCGGCCAUUCUCAGUGGCGACACCAGUUCCGCCAUACAAGACGUUCUGCUCGUAGAUGUAACACCACUUUCCUUAGGCAUCGAGACCGCCGGAGGAGUGAUGACCAAAUUGGUCGAGCGCAAUUCUCGCAUUCCGUGUAAACAACAGCAAACCUUUACCACAUAUUCAGACAACCAGUCAGCCGUAACUAUUCAGGUAUUCGAAGGCGAAAGGGCAAUGACCAAAGACAACAAUCUUCUCGGCACGUUCAACCUGACUGGCAUUCCUCCGGCACCGCGUGGAGUACCUAAAGUCGAGGUGACUUUUGACCUGGACGCCAACGGUAUACUCAACGUUUCGGCGAAAGAAAGCAGCACGGGCAAAUCGGAGAGAAUAACGAUCAAGAACGACAAAGGUCGGUUGUCCAAAGAAGACAUCGACAAGAUGUUGAAAGAAGCCGAGAUGUAUAGACAAGAAGAUGAAAAACAAAAGGAACGCGUUACCUCGAGAAAUCAGUUGGAAAGUUACGCGUUCAGUGUCAAACAGGCUGUCGAAGAAGCUGGAUCUAAGUUAUCCGAAGGUGACAAAAAGACGGUGUUAGACAGAUGCAAAGCGGUAAUUACUUGGCUGGAAACGAACACGUUGGCCGACAAAGACGAAUUCGAAGAUAAACUGAAAGACUUACAAAAAGAAUGUUCGCCGAUAAUGACUAAACUACACCAAGCCGGUGCAAAGGGUCCGAAUGUCGAGGAGGUCGAUUAAGCAUUCACCUUUUUGUUUUUAAUACUUCAACUCAUAAAUUUCUAUGAUACAAGAAAAAAAUAUUUAAAACAUUAUAAGAAAAAAACAAUCCACAUCAUUCAACAUAGUAUAAUAUGAUAAUAUGACAUAAUAGUACCUAUAUUAUUUUUUUGAUAAAUCAAAUUAAAUUACAUUUUUUGAAAAAAGUUUCAAUUAUGUUAGUUAUUACAAUCCAUAAUUUGUUUCCUUAGCUUUUGCAAUUAUUGUUAUCAUCGUUUAAGAAUAAAUUACUUCAUUAAUUGGAUUAAACAAAAAUCUGCAAUACUGUAUUACUGUAGUUAAUAACAAACACUUGGAAGCUUGUUUUAAACUUAUCAAAAAUAUUACAUUUACAAUACAAAAGUCAAUAAGAGAAUCUAGGUUUUGCUGAAAUGUAUUAUUUUACAUGCUGAGUUAAUAAAUAUAUGCUGUUUAUUAGUUGAAAA